AUGUUGAGACAAGUUACUAGACCAGUGGGACCACUACUGACAAGAAGAGCGUUCAGCAGCUCGUUCGCUCCCAGAAAUCACCACGACAAGCUGAAGUCAGACCAGUCCACGGAGGAGAAGAAGGAGCAGAAGCUGUUUGACAAGAACAAGGCCCGGCUGGAGAAACUGGAAACGGGGAAAGGUCCGCGUGGAUUCAAGAGACCCUCCGAGAAGGCGCUGCAAGAGAAAGGUGAAAACGCCAGAAUCGAACAGAACAGGCCGGACGAUGGUGUCUACUGA